GGUUAUAAAAGUACUAGUUAGGUUAUUUAAUACAUAAAAUGUCUGCAAAAUUAUGUUUAAGAUUAGUUUCUUUAACAUUAAACAAUACAAAAGUUGGAACGCAUUUACUACUUCGAUCGAACCAAUUAAACAAUCCAAAACCGUUAAUUUCUGCAUUGAAUUUAACAAGUUUUCGAAAAUAUUCGUCUGCCAUAAAUAAGGAUGAAGGAAACAAGAAUUUAGUAUAUUAUGGACCUUUAACUCCACAAAUUCAAGCCGUCAAGGUUUUUUCAGUUACUUCGAGUAUAGUGGGUUUAAUAGCACAACCGUUUUUGUAUGAGGAGCUGUCGCGAGUUGGACAUAUGGGAAUUAUCGUUGCGGCAUACUCUUUCAUCGGGUUUUUCACUUUCGUUACUCCACUCUUGUUACAUUUGAUUACUAAGAAAUAUGUAACACAUUUGGAGUUUGACAAGUCCUCUGGAGAAUACACUGCCAAAACUUACAAUUUCUUUUGUAUGACUAAAAAGCAUGUAUUCAAACCAGAGGAGGUGGUUGUUCCCGAUGUUCCUGGAAUGUUUACCACUAUUGAAGUAAAAGGUAAUGGCCUGUUUUUGGAUCCAAGACAAUUUGAUGAUCCAGACCAUUAUGGCAAACUAAUGGGAUUUGAUAAACCACUGGAUUUCAAACUUUAUGAUAACCCACCUGACAACAAGAACAACCCUCCUAAAUAAAUACAUAAUAUAUAGAUGGAUAAUGUUUUGUAAAUAAUUGUUUCAAGUUUAGAUGUAUGUCAGGUUAUAAUUAAAAAAUAUAAAAUCCA